AUGGCUGAUUCUGGAGGUAGUGGAGGUUCAGGUGAGGAGCAUGAGCAUAGGCAGGACUCUCACCCGAGUCCAAAUCCGAGCUCGAGCUCGAGGAAAGGGAAGGGGAAGUCGAAGACGUACCAUCGUCACACCCCACACCAGACACAGAGGCUUGAAGCAUUUUUCAAGGAAUUUCCGCACCCUGAUGAGAAUCAACGGCGUCAACUGAGCAGAGAACUCGGGCUUGACCCUAAACAGAUCAAGUUCUGGUUUCAGAACAAGAGGACUCAGAGAAAGACUCAAAAUGAACGAGCAGAUAACACAGCUCUUCGGGCUGAGAACGAGAGGAUACACUGCGAAAACCUUGCGAUCAUGGAGGCGCUCAAGAGCGUUAUUUGCCCAGCUUGUGGUGGUCCGCCCUUUGGCGAGGAAGAGAGGCAGCGUAAUUUGGAGAAACUCAAGAUGGAAAAUGUGCAAUUGAAAGAAGAGCAUGCGAAAGUAUCCAAAAUUCUCGCCAAAUAUAUCGGGAAACCGAUCUCGCAAAUUGAUUUGCUUAUGCCUGGCCCCAGAUCAUCUGCGGACGUGUCCACCGCCAGUGUCCCCAACCAAGGGUUUAGUGGUCACAACGUUGACUUCGUUGUGGCCCCUCCCAACCCUGCGCCUUGGAGCCAAUUAAAGGUUAUACCGGAAACAGAAAUGGCCGACACAUUGGAAAUUACUGCAUAUGCCAUGGAUGAGUUAAUCAGGAUUGUGCGGAUGAAAGAACCGUUGUGGAUAAAGUCUCCUCUAGACGGAAGAUACAUACUCCAUCGUGACACCUACGAGCAGAUAUUUUCUCGAAACUACCGUUUUAGGGGCUCUGGGGCUCGCCUGGAGACAUCCAAGGAAUCAGUUCUGGUGACGAUGGAACCAAGCAGGCUGGUUAACAUAUUCCUGGAUGUGCGCAAAUGGGCGGAUAUGUUCCAUACAAUUGUCACAAAAGCUUCUUCUAUCCCAGUUCUUGAAGAAGGAACACAACUUAAUCACAGAAUUUACUUGCAGCUGAUACAUGCACGAAUGCAUGUGCUUUCUCCGCUAGUGCCGGCUCGGGAAGUCUACUUUCUUCGCCGUUGCCAACAGAUUGAGCUAGGCAUGUGGGUGAUAGUGGAUGUGUCCUACAAUUACAUGACAGGUGAUGCGUGCCCUUACAAUACCUGGAGGCUUCCUUCUGGCUGCGUGAUUCAGGACAUGGGUAAUGGUUGCUCCAAGGUCACUUGGGUGGAACACGUAGAAGUGGACGACAAAAACCAAUCUCAUAAGCUUUUUAGGGAUCUAGUGUGUGGCGGCCUCACGUACGGAGCAGAAAGAUGGGCGAUUACGCUCCAAAGAAUGUGCGAGAGAUUUGCUUACUCCAUGCUGGAUGAUGCGCCAACGCACGAUGCUGUGGAAGUUGGUAUUACAACUUCACCGGUCAUUGUUGUUCCUGAAGGUCGGAGAAAUGUGAUGAAGCUUGCUCAUAGGAUGGUGAAGAAUUUCAGUGCGGGCUUGAGCAUGUCCGGCAAAUUAGAUUUCCCUCACCUGUCUGAGGUUAACAACAGUGGGGUCCGUGUCUGUGUACGAAAGAGCGAAGAACCAGGACAGCCCAGUGGCACGAUUGUUAGCGCGGCCACAUCCCUAUGGCUUCCUGUCGCACCUCAAGCGGUCUUCAAUUUCUUCAGAAACGAAAAUACUCGUGCUCAGUGGGAUGUACUCUGCAAUGGAAAUCCAGUCCAAGAGAUAGCACGCAUACCGAGUGGCACUCAUCAUGGAAACUCAAUCUCAAUUAUUCAGACUUCUCUGCAUGCCGAGAACAUGUUGAUGCUUCAAGAGAGUUGCAUAGACCCUUUGACGUGUAUGGUGGUUUAUGCCCCUAUCGAUUCAACAGCGAUGACCAUCGCGUUGAGCGGCGAGGACACUUCCACGGUGCAAAUUCUUCCAUCUGGCUUCACGAUCUCCAGCGAUGGCCGGGCCAAUCCAGGUUCAAAACCUUCGACCAGCACAAGCUCCAGCAAGCCAGCAGGUACACUUCUCACUGUGGCAUUCCAGAUAUUGGUUUCCAGCCACUCAGGACCAGAGCAGCUCAACGUGGAAUCCGUGGCGACCGUGAACACUCUCAUUAGUGCGACCGUUCAGAAAAUUAAGGCUGCUCUAAAUUGCUCUGCCCCGGAAUGA